UGCACGAUUCAUAACAACAUUGCACACCAAAUGUCUGAUCGACUAAUGAGGAACGAUGAAGCUAAACACUUCCAGACAUGUUUGUUAAAAUAGGACAUUUAUGCAUGUAGUUUGUUUACAUUCCGGCCGGAAGUUCAAGAUCCUGGUGGGGUGAGCAGAACACAGCCUUAGGUUGAUUUCUAUUUUGGCUAAAGGACAUACCUUCUGCUAUUAUUUAACGUUUACGCAAUUGAAAUGUAGACUGGGUACACACGAAGCUAUUGUUAAGGCUUUUUGACCAAUCAAAUGGCCGCUAUACCUAUAAAUGCAGUGUUGUUGCAUUGUUGAAAGCGACAGCGAGGAUCAAAUACUUGAGCUACUGCAGUCCAGUGACGGCCCGGAUGAUUGUGAAGGUUUCCAGAGAAACUGGCCGAAGACUAAAAUGUUUGAGCACACCAAUCGUGGGAAAAAAUACUGGAACAAAAUCAGGAAACAGGUCUGGAAGGAAAUGCGUAAGAUGGAUGUUUGGCGACACAAUCAGACGCGUAAGAAUGGAGGCAAGUACGGUAUACGCUGGUCGUUUUCUGUCGAUGUAGCUGAGCAGGAGCGGAAGUUGAGGCUGGCCGAAUCAAAGGUGCUGUCUGAGGGGGCCACAGGGGACGCCAAGUACUUUAAGCUUGGUGCUUUGAUAGAAAAAGAAUCGCUCAACGCUUUGGGAUGCGAACCCACGCCUUACCAAUCUGACGAGAUCAGUUUAGUGGAUCCAGUUCCGUUAUUUCUAAAUGUUGACAGCCUGCCACCUAUCAAAGAGUUACCGAGGCCCGUGAAUGGCUACUCAGAGUAUCCCCCUGAUGAGGUCGAGCCCUACAUUCACGCACAUUGGAGUCAAGAGGACUACGAUGAAACAGAUUCAGACUAGUAACACAUCUGACACUAGUAAAAUUUACUACAUACAA